UAGUUAAAUGUUACAUGUAUUACUAUUUCAAAAGUAUUUCGUCUUCUCUAAAAAAUUAAAAUUUAAUCAAGUCUUUCAUUUAUUAACGUGUAUACGAAUAUUUCAAAAGAGAUUAGAUACUUGGCAACAAUACUAAACGGCUGUAGAAAGUUUCUUUUUUAUCAGUUGGCGACGCUGAGCUUGGAACGGAAGGGACGCCGCUUUCCACUUCCCAGUCUGUUUCGGUCCGCCAUUUUUUACUCGGGAAGCGUGUGAUUUCGCGUCGUGUUUUAUCGCGUUGUUUUACGGAAAUACUGACUUGGUUCUAGAACGAGCCGAAAAUGCCGGGUUUUAGUAGCGUUGGCACAUUUAAAAUCUUCAUCGGUAAUUUGGCCGACAAGACGUCGAAUGCCGAUAUUAAACCGUUGUUUGAAAAAUACGGGAAAGUCGUUGAAUGCGACGUGGUCAAAAACUAUGGAUUUGUGCAUAUGGAAAACGAAGAAGCAGGUAGGAACGCCAUACAGAAUCUGAAUGGACAUGUGGUCCAUGGGCAGCCGAUCAAGUGUGAAGCCGCAAAGAGUCGCAAGGGGCCGAAUACUCCCACGACCAAAAUUUUUGUCGGCAAUCUCACAGACAACACCAAGGCGCCCCAAGUGCGCGAACUUUUCGCCAAGUAUGGCACAGUUGUAGAGUGUGAUAUCGUGAGGAAUUAUGGAUUCGUCCAUCUGGAGGCAACAGGUGACGUCAAUGACGCCAUCAAGGAGUUGAAUGGACAGAUGGUGGAUGGACAACCGAUGAAGGUUCAAAUCUCCACCAGCAGAGUACGACAGAGGCCAGGAAUGGGUGAUCCUGAACAAUGCUAUCGAUGCGGCCGCGGCGGCCACUGGUCCAAGGAAUGCCCCAAGGGAGGAAUGGGAGGAGGACCGGAUAGGAAUGGAUACAGAGAACGAAUGUUUGGACGCGACCCGUACCCUCCACCGCCGCCACCACCGUUCCUUCGGGACCGGCUGAUGGGUGGUGGCCGCUUUGGAGACUACGAAAGCUACUACGACAGGAGGGGCUUCGAGGACACCAGGGACCUCUACGAGAGGCGGUUUACGGGUAUGACAGGGCCCUGUGACAUGGGAAGUUCCAUGUGCGGGCUUGACUUUCCACCAAUGACAAUGCCACCUCUACCCCCAAGACGAGACCCAAUGCCUCCUAUGCCUCCUCUAGGUAUGGGAUCCAUGCGCGACACUGGCUUCUCCCGUGGUAACGAGUACGGAAUGUUCAGCCGCCGAUCACCCCCUCCGAGUGGCAACAACGGCCGGUUCAGUAGAGGCAUGUACGAGGACUUCAGCCGAGAUUCAUUCGAAGAGCGUAGGUAAGUAAACGUUACCGAUGGGUCCCUCACGCGUCGUGUCGCGUCGCGUCAUCCGCGCGACGCCCGUUGUCGAACCAUCGUUUCCGCUUUCGCCUUCGAAACGGAGGAGACAGCGACGCGCGGGACUCGGGGUUACUCUGAUCGAUUCGGCCAGUCGUGUCGUCCUAAUCGUGUUCGAUCGUCGAUCUCUCGGUGAACGUUAGCGAGAAAAACGAGGAAGAAGCAUUACUACUACUACUGUUAAAACCAUCACUACCACCACCACCACCACCAACUUCCUCCCACUCUAUCUCCUUCGUGAUCAAGAUAGAUAGUUUUCGAUGAUCCUUCAGCUCGCUCUUUACGCCACCCUCCCGAACCUCCUCGAUCGCCCUGUGUCUUUGGUACGCGGUAUCGCGUAUUCUUCCCACCCGUCGGUUGGUCGGUACAGCGUAACUUUUGAUUUCUUUCUUUUCACAGUGGCACCCCUGUCUACUUACCCACCUACCGCCCUCUUAAUAUCUCACCACAAGCCGCUCCCCACUUGUUCUUAGCCCGUGUUUAAAGAAAACGGAAUCGACCAGAAAAAAAUACAGAACAGAACAGAAAAAAAGAAACUGUAAACGAAACACGAACGAUACAUGACAAUCGCUCAUGUACCUCCGAUCUCGUGUAACUGACGUGUGGCUGCUUCUCAUUUUGGUUACCAGACCGGGAUUACGAGGGCCAUCGCCGUCGCGCCGGUUCGCACCAUACUAAAUCGUCGCGUCGGGCUUACUCGGAUCGGUCUGUGUCGGUCUGUCUGUCGUCGUCGUCUUCGUCUUCGUCGUCGUCGUCGUCUUCGUCCUCCUCGUCGUCAUCGUCGUCUGUCAUCGUCCUCUUCGUCGUCCUCGUCGUCGUCGUCGUCGUCUCUCGGGUCUGUCUGUUGCUAGCAGGAAGCCUCGGAACCGAGAUACUCUUGGCCGUCUGUCGAUCUGCACGCGCGAAGAUCCACCAUACACGCUCUGUCGGAAAAAUAAGCGAUUAGAAAACGGGGAAAACCGAAUGUCCGAUUACACGCCGGACGGGACUCGACCAGCAAACCGGAUACCACCGAUCGGAAACUCGUCGGAUCGCACAGGCCUCUCUUUAUCUCGUUCGCGUCUCCUCUCUUUUUCUUUCUCUCUCUUUCUAUUUCUUUCUCUUCACCGGUCCGACUUUCUGUCUCUUCAGCCUCCCCAAGAACUCGUCACUCGCAACGAUUCUUCGUUUUCCUUGUCCCCCGUGUCCCGAAGACGGAUUACCGGCCGCAGUAGUCUUACCGCAUCGUCGAGCACGAGACGCACAGUUCGAUCUUGUCCAAGCGUAAUUUUCGAUGCGAAUCCGGAAACAGGCAUCCUCCUGCCGAGAGCGUCUACAUUCUACUUUCCAGCGAUCGAUCGAGAAAGGGACAGAUUGUAGUAAAAACUGGCGCGUGAUUCGAUGCUCUUCUCGGUCGUUGGAACGGGAAGAACGUUUCGGUGGGACGAUGCUUUCGGCGACCGUACACGCGAACCGUGCUCCGCCAUUUUCUUCCCUCGCGCGAUCGCGACGAUCACGGAGUUGCAUGCACGCGUUCUCGAUGUCGUUCGAUUCGAUCGCGCGAAAAAAAAUACAGAACAAUGAUAAAGCAAAAAAGAUCCUCUCACCUGUGGCACCUCCUUCGUUGUCUCUCGAGUUCUGCGUCGCGUUCAGAGUGUAGAAAACGGGUCGUCUUCCCGCGGUGCGCGCGUCCAAGCAUUGUAACACGGGACGAAGGGAACGUUUCGCGAUCGGAGUUCGAACGGAUGUGCGAGAGAGAGUAGACCGGAACACCGUUGGCCGGUCAGCGCGCGUCGAAGGCGUGCGUCGACGUUCAACAGAAAAGAAGCCGCUGGAACGAACGGAGAUGAUUUGAUUUCGCUUGCGUGUGAUCGAUCGCGACCCUUUAGCUUCCCGUGAGGCCCCGGUCUCGCACGCGCCGCGCGAAUCGAACGUCUUUCCCCCCGAUAUUAAAUUCCCCCAGUUAUCACCGAUUGUAAUGUGGCCGCGACGAACCGGCGAUGUUUAUAACACGCGUGAACACGAGUACGAGAAGCGGAACCGAACGAGAAAUCGUGUGCACAGCGACCCUCCCCCCGCGGAUCUUUCGUUUCGCGGAACGAGACGUGGAGAAGUGUACGUACGGGUGCCCGACUGUUCAAAUCGUCCGAUCGCAUAACACGGAGAACAAAUGAUAAGGAACUUAGUUUAAGGGUCAAAGAGUUUUCUUCUUUUUUUUUCAUUUCACCAUUCUUUUUUUUUCUAAUUCGUUGUUGGAGUAUAUACCGUAGAUACUCGUAGGACGACGAUGCGUCGAUUCUGUAUGGGGACCUAAACGGGUCGUGCGAACAUUAUAUCGUUAGCCUAUAGUACACGUAAUAAUACCGUUUUAUUAACACAUUAGGAUUAAUCGACGUUUAAAGGGAAAAAAGAAAAGAAACAGAGAACCAUUACCGAGAAACGAAUUGCGGGCAAAGACCGCAAGGUGCGUGUUCCGUUUUAAGCUUAAUCAACGUACGCAAUAAUAACGAUGGAUCACCGUUUAAUCCUUCCGAUUUUUCGUCCGGGUCAGCGCGUGCGUCGCGCCCCAGAUAUGCGUGAAAAUGUUUCUCGUCGUUCACUCUCUUUCUCGGGGUCUUUAUUUUUUUCUUUAAAUCCCGUCUCUUCUUCCCCCCGCCGCCGCAAACUAGAUAUUUCUCCACCUUUGUUUCGUCGAUAAGACACACGCGUUUUCAAUGAUAAUUAUAUUUAAUAAUGGUAACCGUAAUGAUAAUGGAUUUAAAGACAAACGAAUAUGUAACAACAAAUGUACUUGUGGAAUUCACAAAACAAAAAGAAAACGGCG